CAAACACUUUAUAGAGUUACGACUAUAUUCGUUGAGAAUGACACUGAUUAUUCUCAGAGCACUACCGAGUGGUUUAGUGAACUAGCAAUCAAUGGUGUUGGCGAGGAGAACGAGCUCACUUCCGAGGUUUUCAAUCGAGGUGUCAAACACUACACUCAGAUGGUUUGGCAAAAGACCAGAAAACUCGGAUGUGCCGUGAAAUUCUUCGCGUUUCUUCACUUCUUUCAAAGAAUUGAGUUUUUCAGAGGAAACGUCAUUGGAGAGAAAAUUUACAAGACGGGAGAACCAUGUUCGAAAUGUACAUGCCCGAAAUGCACAUGUGAUAAUGAAAGUGGUCUUUGCAUUGUCCGUGAAUAG